GUUGUCGUCCCGAAAGUGCAUCGAGAUGAGCUACAGAAAUCCAUACAACAUGUCGCUGCGCCUGUUGCUGCUGCUCAUGAUGCUCUACGAGGCCUGCACGCUGCCGGCACUGGAGACAGCUCCCCCUGCAACAGCUGUCAAUAGCAUAGAGGAGACGGAUAAGCUGCCGGACACACACGUCGAGCCGAUCGCCUCAAACGAGGCCGCUCUGACCAGUGCCAGUUCCUCGAAUCAAACUUCGGCGGGAAACAACGAACCGCAGGAACCAUCAGUCCCGGGUGAUAAUGUGGCCAGUGCCAGCAGCAAUGAGCCGGUAUCCAUCUAUGCCGGCGGCCUGAUCACGCCCGAGGCCUUUCAGCAGUAUCUGAGUCAAUUCGGCGGUGCUGCUGGCUUGCAACCGCUUGCCGCGGGCUAUCCCGCGCCCCUAACUGGAGCGGCCGGCAUCUAUCCGUAUCCGGGCCCCAUUAUGGUGCAGACCGGCUACGAGGGCUUCUUGGUGCCCGCCAAUCAGGUCAGCCCCGAUGUUGCUUCAGAUAGUACCACAACUGUGGCAGCCACGCCCUCUCCUGGAAUGAAUCCCUUGAUAGCCUUUGCGUCCCGCCUGUUGCCCUCCAUACUGAUGUCCACACUCUUCCGCAUUGUGGCCGUCGUGCUAUCUGCCGUGGGGGUGAUCCUCUUUGGCACCGCCAUCACCAGCACGCUCUGCCGACACACUCAAAUCUGUGAGUUUCCAAACAAGGCCGUUAACUAUCUACGCUUUGGCGGGGCACAAGAUGUGGGUCGCAUGAUAGCCGAGGAAAUUACGCCGGAACGCGUCAGACGAACCACGGAAUUCGUGCGCAAGGCCAUUCACAAAUAUCGCCAGCUGCAGAAGCUAGUGGAGCCGGAGUCAGACUAAAA